AAAAUUUUCUUUACAACUCAAGGAAAUCUUAGACCAACUAGUCUGCUCUUUCCAUAUGCCUCUGCCUGUCUCCCUGAUGGUAUGUUCAUUCAUCAAGACAUUGACACUGACUGCUGAGUGUCUCCUGAGCACUUUCUGUUACAAGCACUGUUUCAGGUGCUUGAGAUAUAAAGCUGAGUAGGUAUUAAUUACAAGAUUGGUUUACCAAUUAUCCCCCUUCCCCCAGAGGUGACGGAAAGCUCUCCCUGCAGAACACUCUUAGUGAGCAGAAGUUGUUGGACAAACAGUCAGAACAAAGUGAAUCACAGAUCCCAAAAGCGUAUUUCUUCCAAGAUUGGGAAUUUUUCCAUUGCCCUUUUCCAUACUAGGGUUCUUGUAUCUGAAGAUGGAGGAAUAACUCAUAGUAAUUAACUAAUAAGUAAUAAAUUAACCAACAGUUAACCAUCUCUUAACCAGAGUUGGAUGUUCAAUUUCCACCCUCCCCAGAAUCAGAAUCCUACCCUGAGAGCGAUAAGAAGAACUUGUAUUCAGGCCACCAGUGUGGUUGGGCGAGUCGUUCACUGCCCAGAGGCGCUCAGCUGGAAGGGGCUUGGUCUCGGGAAUCUAACUCAUGCUCUGCAUGCAGCCGCCCCGAGGAAGGGGUUCCUUGGCUGUUCAGUGUAAAGCAGCCAUGCGAGAAACUUGUAUCGAAUGUUUAAGCUGCCAGACGCUGUUCCAAAUGUCUGACGUAUAGUCACUUAGACUUACUACCCUUCCCCUGAGGUUGGUAAUAUUAUUGUUGUCAUUAUUAUUAUCUCCAGUUUUAGCUUGGGCUUUGAGACACAAAGUGAUAGCAAGUUGGGGAUGCAGUAUUCAUAUACUGGUGGUCUGAUUCCAGAGCCUACACCCUUCACCGUGCUGUUCUCUUCUCCCUCAAGCAGAUCCUUUGGCUUCAGAGCCCACUCCCUGUUUCCCUGUCUGUCAUCCCUAGCUCUCAGCUCUCGUUUCUCUUUCUGUGGGACCUUGGAGUCCCAUGUGCGUAUUUUUGUCUUCAGAAGUAGCAGAGAGGCAAGAUCUAGAAUACCGGUUCUGGUGUGAGCUGGAUUCCAGUUCCACCCGUGUGUCUUGACCUCAUCAAGCCUCAGCUUCCUCAUCUAUUAAAUAGAAGCCACAGUCCUCAUCAUCACUGAUUGAGAACUUCCUAAAAUGCCAGCUGAGGACGGGCACAGAGGUGUAGGCGAUUGGACCGAAGUCACACUAGUGUGACAUAGCUUUGUCACAGGACUCAACGCUUUCUUAGAAGGACGAGGACAAAAUGACCAAGUUCAAGGAGACAGUGACAUUCAAGGACGUGGCGGUGGUCUUCACGGAGGAGGAGCUGGGGCUGCUGGACCCUGCCCAGAGGAAGCUGUACGGAGACGUGAUGCUGGAGAACUUCAGGAACCUGCUCUCUGUGG